GACUUCUCGAUUCACUCAUUACUCCAUUCACCCUUGCACUCAUCCAUCAUCACACCCAUUCACUCACGCGUCCACCUACCCAUCAAUGCAUCCGUGUACAGGAUGUAUUCAUACGCUGAUCAAGUAAUCAUCUACCCAACCACGCAUCCCAUUCAUAAUUCCACCGGCGAUCCGACCCCUCCUGCGCUUAUACUCUAUAAAAGACGCCCCCACUUGGCCACACACACUGAGCGCACUCCUCUGCUGUGGUGCCUGUUAAAUCACUUCCCCUUCGCCCCAAGAUUCUCCCAACCUCCUACUCCUUCCUCAUCGCUUCUCCCAACUCUCCAGAACCACCAGCGGCGUUCAGCUUUGCAGCACUUCGGGGGUGGGGGGUUAGACGCUGAGAGAGCUUGACGCAUCAUGCAGAAGUAGUCGGGGGAGUAGAUAGGCGACUGACCGACUGACGGAUGACCCAGCAAGCCGGAGCCAUCCAACUCCAGCGGACGUUCAUCUUUUCGCACGACUGCGGCGCUGGGCGCUGCGAGCUUACGGGCAGCAGGGGGUUAUAGAGCACCGGCAGAAGCAGUGGGCAAACACGGCAAAGCAGGUCCGGUAGCCAGUUUGGGGACGAACCGACUGACUGACUACCCGACGGUUUUCCCUACCACCCAAAUGAAAUGCCUCCUCCUCCGCACGGAGACUCCGGGAGGCGGGCGAGGCGAGGGGGUCUCUGCCGGCGAGGGUCGCGGUGCUGGGCGUGCGGCCUCGUGGUGGCCGUCGCGAGCCUCGUGGUCCUCACGCUGCUGCUCGUGUUAGCGGCGCUGCUGCAGCCGGGCCAUCGACGGGGCCCCGAGGAUCCGGAAAAAUGCGACAGCGUCCACAGCGAAUGGCCCAGCUACCAACGCGGGGCCGUCGCUUCGGACGCGACGCGAUGCUCCAUCGUGGGCAGGGACGUUCUGAAGGUAGGAGGCUCUGCGGUGGAUGCAUCCAUAGCUACCCUGUUCUGCACCUCGCUGAUGAACCCACACAGCAUGGGUCUGGGAGGGGGCGUCAUUUUCACCAUUUACAAUCCGGCCGGAGGGGAAACGGAAGUGAUUAUGGCGAGGGAGAGGGCUCCGAGGAAUCUACCGCCAUCCAUCAACGACACACUUUGCAAGCGAAAUAUCCUUUCCAUGGAGCCAUUGGCGAUCGGCGUUCCAGGCGAGCUGCGAGCCUACGCCCUCGCCCACCGCCGGCACGGCCGCCUGCCCUGGCACAAGUUGUUGGAGCCGAGCAUCCGGAUGGCUCGCGAUGGCGUCCCGGUGUCACGGGAGCUGGCCGAGAAGCUCGCCAAAAUCGACGAGAGGGUCAAAUUCAAAAAUGACUCCGAAAUCUGCGCUCUCUUCUGCUGGCCCAACGGCACCGUCAAGAAGGAGAACGACAUCGUGCGCUACCCAGCGCUCGCGCGCACCCUGGAGACGAUCGCCAGGGAAGGCGAGGACGCGUUUUACAACGGCUCCCUGGCCACACUGCUGGUCGAAGACGUCCGUGCGAAAGGUGGUGUGCUGAGCCUGGAGGACUUGCGGUCAUACCACGCCGAAAUCGUGAAACCGCUGAUCUUCCCCGUCGGCAAGUACACCCUCGUCACCCCGGCACCUCCGGGGGGAGGCGCGAUCCUCACCUCCAUCGUCAAUGCUCUCUCCGCAUUCCACAUGCAGAGGAGGGAGAUGCAGGACACUGAGGGCAGGGCCCUUGACUUCCACCACAUGGUCGAGGUGCUCAAGUUCGCUUACGCGCAGCACAGGGAGCUCGCUGACCCCGAGUUUGAGAACAUGGCCCAGAAGGUGCAGGAGCUGAUGUCUCCGGCGUACGGCGAGAAGCUGCGACGGCUUAUCCAGCACGACCGCACCCACGAGCGAUCCUUCUACACGCCCACUGAGCCCGACAAGCCCCACUACGGCACGUCGCACCUCUCCGUGCUGGCCGAGGACGGCGGCGCCGUUUCCGUCACCAGCUCCAUCAACUUUUAUUUUGGUUCGCAGGUCGUGUCGAACAGAACCGGCAUCAUUCUCAACGACCAAAUGUCCGACUUCUCCUGCCCUCAACCCGGCAAACCGGCCUUCAACUUCAUCGAGCCAUGGAAACGUCCCAUCUCGUUCAUGAGCCCGAGCCUCCUCCUGGACGAACAUCGCAUGGUUAAAAUGGUGAUCGGGGCUUCGGGUGGCUCCAAGAUCACAGCGGCGAUAGCACAGGUCUUGGCGAACGUGCUGUGGCUUGGCUACGAUCUGCCAAAUGCAGUGUGCCAGCCAAGACUCUACAUCAAUCAGGAAGACUUCUUCCUGCAGAAUGAGACAGGCUUCAAUGAGGCCAUCAAGCUGCUUUUGGAGAAGAAAUCCCACGUGUUCACGCAGACAUUCCCCAGUGUUGGUGUGGUGCAAGCCAUUUGGCGCGAGGGCAGAGCCAUAACAGCUGUGUCUGACGCUCGGAAGUAUUCAAUGGCCGAUGGCUAUUAGGCCAGGGAGAGGGCUGCCCUCACUCAGGCUGAGCUGCAAGCACCCUCCGUCACUCUCCUCUGCCAAGUGUCUCCGACGCUUCAAGCGCUCUGUCCGUCGGAUGCUUGGAGAGAGGCCUACGCAUGUGGCAUCUCCCAAGCGCCGCUCCGCUACGAGGACAAAAAACUCAACUCAAUGAUCUUGUCAUGUUAACAGCUCGGCGCGUCAAGUCCUGUUCCUCCGCUGUGCCCUUCGAAGUUGUGAGAUUCACGAGAACUUGCCGGUCAGUGGCCUCCAGCUGGUAAGGUGCUAGCAAGAGGCCCACGAAUUAUGUGGCAUCUCGCAAGCGAUGUCCCUCCUCGUGUUCAUAGCUUCAAAAUGCAUCACAAGUUCUGCUGCUUGCGAGGCAUCCUUCGAAGUUAUCCGCUGCACAAUGUAUUCGCUCGGGCUCGCAUGUCCCAUAGGCGUCAACUCGACCUGGAUAGAAUAGCGGUGGUGUCACAGUUUCUUGUCGAGAUUUUAUUAUCGGAGGGCUUAGAUUUUUAUAUGUGUAAUGUGCAACAACAAAGUCGUCAUUUUAAACGUUUUUGCGUGUGUGUGUGGGGGGGGGGGGAGUUGUUCCAAGGUGGAAUAACGCUGGAAGGGAAAGAUAGCACAAUCAUAAUAAGAAUCAUCCAAGCCAUCUCCUCUACCUCUGCGAUAUGUUUUCGGGUUGUACCGCGUGUUGCUUUGCACACUCCAUCCCCGAUGUUGUCAAUGUGAAAACACAUCGGAGAGCUGUACGGCCCAGCAGCAAAAAAGAAAAGCACUCGGUAAUAAUUCGUCUGCUGUGCCACUGUAAUGACACUGUACAGUGGUAAAUGUAAAUUCGGCCUUCAGUUCUGUUUGCACGGCCUCGGUGGCCUAGUGUGGAAAACUGUACGUGGGUUACACAACACUUUGAUGCGAGAGUUCAAAGUCAAAGCCAUUUCCUGCACACAAGAGCGUUGAGGCAGUGCUCAUGGCUGUUUACAGCCCUGAGCCAGUGGCGAACAUUCCACAUUCAAAUUGCUGUGGCCACAGGACAACCGACUGUUGACUUCCCCACAAGGUGGUACUCGAUUUAUUGAACUUUGAGGGAUGAUUGGCCGAGUGAAACGCCAACCGGGGUGAACUAGCGACGCUCGUAUUGUGAGCCGCUUGCUGCACUGCUGAGCAAUGUGACCGGAUGAUGAUGAUGACGAUAAUGACAGAGUUUGCUUUGUUACAAUCCACAUUUGCUGUGCGCACUGCCUGAUAGUGGUGCGACAGUGGAGAUAAUCACAGCAGUGGGGAAGUCUCAGUAGGACUGCCACUCUGUGGCAAGACUUGUAAGAUUCUUACGUCGUACAAUAUAUCAAUGUAUCAUACGACAUAAGAUUCACGAUCGGUGUAUCGCCUGCUUGCCAAAAUAUCCUGAUUAUCGUUUGUUGUUUAAAAAAAUAUAUAUUUUAUUUCAAAUAACUUAGUUGUAAACAAGUAGCCUAAAUUAGUAUAUUUUAUUUUGUUUUCUGGAGUAAAUGUAAUGGCGGUUACAGUAUUCGAUGUCAUCAUUUUGGUAGAUAGUUUAUGCGUUUAAAUAUUUCCCAAUUGUUUAACUGACAUCACGUGUGCUAGAAGACUUUUGGUAUGCUGAUGUUGAGUGAGCUGCAGUUAAAUUACUUUUAAUUUGUACUGGAAGUAAUUCUUCUUCGGCGCUCUGCCUUGACAGCAUGUCCUUGGUUACCAUCCUCUGCAUUCUCCUCUGUUCUCUGCCCUCCGCUUGACUUGCACAUGUGACCCUUCAACUUCCCCAACAUGCCAAUCCCCGGCCUUCCUCUCAUUCAUCUGGCUUCCGCUCUUUCUUCAAUGACGGCCUUCUUCGUCAAAACGUUCCCCUCGAAGAAUGAGGGCCAACUCUGUUUUUCUUUCUCCUCACGUGUGACUCCGUUGUCAUUCUUCUUCUUCUUAGUUGUUGCUAACGCGUACAUAAAACAAAAAAAAUGUGAAAGAUAUUUCCGUUGCGGGAAAGUAAUGUCGUGAGAGUGGUCAUCGCACCGGGGAAAACUGAUGUCGUAUCGUGAUGUCGUAACAUCACACCUUCCCAGUAGUGUUGCCAUACUGCAGUGGCCCUCCAUGCCAUGUGGGACCCUCCGAUGUUUGCGCUGUUGCUUUUGAUUUUUCCAUUCCAGUGCACAUUUUUCAUCCGAUGCAGCGUUGCUCUCGAUUGUAACUGGCACGCAACGCAGCACAGGAACAGUUCCUGUGUAGAUUAAAAAAACAAAACUUGUGGCGUGACGAAGUGGCCCCUCAACUGUGCAGGAAGUCACUCGCCCGUUGCCCCCCCCCCCCCCCCCACUAUUUUACCCCUCCACCACAAACCUCCAAAACUUUUUUUUAAUGAAGGAAAAGAGCCCACAAUUGCAUUUGUAAAGAAGCAAGAUAUCAUUAAACAUAUGAGAGGGUGUAAAUUUGCAAUGUUAUGUAUUCAAAUAUUUGAGAACAGUGGAGAUGCUAAAUGAGGCAUGUGGGGGCCCUAUUUGUGUAGAGAAUAUCCUAACUUUUACUCCAAUUGUGCUAUUGGUGUAAUGUCACGAGAUCGGGUGUCCUUUUCAGAACUCGCAGAGAAACAGUGCUUUGCCCCCUCGUGAGAGAACGUCCCUGUGGAAGGAGAUAUGAAAGAACUACUUCUAAGAUCCCUUCAAGUAAACGUUAUCGAGAGAAGUAAGGGGCGCCAAACUUUCCCACGCACCCAAUUUAGGGGGUCAAAAUUAUUUUCGAUUAUCAGAACCCAGAAUUUCUGCCAAAUAGAGCAGAAUAAUCAAAUGUAUUUCAAUUGAUUUUUGUUGUUGUGUGUGCAGUCCUUUAUAACCAGGCUGACAUCAUCAUCAUCUCACUAUGUUUGAGAACCAAAUGUAAUCACGGACCGCUGCGAAUCAGAUUCAAACCAAAGGUGUCAGCGGUGCCAGAGCUCCGAUCCCUGAGAUAUCCAGCCAUCAGAGUGAUCGCACUUUUGAACUUCAGUCCCACACCGCACUCUCUUUGCAUCAUGUGCAUGAACUAAAACCAAAUACCUCCUAUUAACUGCUGUCUAUGACGGAAGCACAGCAAAUACAUGGCUAUCCUCUGUACAAAUAUUGCAAACGUGCAGAAUAUUGCUACGGAAUGGAAAUUGUCUGAGGAUGUGAUUGUAUUUAGACAAAAGUGUUAUUUGCCUUUGCUGCCAAACUUUAUAAAAUUCCCUUUGUACAUGAUUAUAUAUUUUAACACAUAUAUUAAAUGAUGCAUAUAAAAUGUGAGACGAAUAGCAUACGUUCUUACAGUCGCAUAUAUUCAGCACCUUUAUCUUUUGAAGGUUUUGAACAUCAGACCAGCGACCUGUAGCACAUUCGCAGGUGAGCUGUGGUGUUUUCGAAUUCACACGCAAGGAAAGAAAAGAGCCUUGCCGUACCCGACCAAGGAAAAGACGAACUCUCCUCUUUCUCGUACAGUGGCCAACCCUCCCCUCUCCAUUGGUCGCGGUGCAGCACGGCAGCGGACAGCCGUCAGCCCCUACUCCCUGCCCUCUAAACUCCCUUGGUCGCGUGCCCACAGUUGGGAUCUUUCAAUCAGUGUUUUUUUUUACGUUUAACUUCUUUUGCACCGUACGUAGCCCACCGUGCUAAUCGGAGUUUGCGGGGGGGGUGGGGGGGUGGGAAGAACAACAAACUAAACACACAAAAAGUUGUUCUAAAGAAAUUAGUGUUCAACCUAGAGCAAUGAACUGUCAAUAUAGAAAACAAUAGUUUUCAAUCUAGGUUAGUUGUGUGCCAAUAAAGACCGAGCGAUGUUGACGGUGUGUGCCGUGUGCCGCGGGGAAUGUAAAAGGUUGAGAAGCACUGCGUUGGAGGGUGCCAUUGUUUAGCAACCUGCUAUGAAUACCCGAACAAGCACAAUACUUACAUUCAGCUGUUAAAAAAAACAUCAGCGUGGGGGCCCUCCUAUUUCAGAUCAACAAUAUUUCGGAGACCUCCCCGUGAUGUCACCUCAAUCUUGACCUAUGGCAUGUGCCCCGAACUUAAGUGUGGGAUUUCUUGGCAGGUAACAUUGACAAAAGUCGAUUGUUUAUACAGAAGGCACAGGGUGAAUUGUGACACAAUACAGUAAGAUGUAUUUAUGCUUCACCUACGCUGUUUUUUUAUGCCUUAAUCCUCUUAACAUUUACGCCCAAACCUCGUGCGGCACUUUGAAUAAACGUGGCUUGCCUGUGGCUAAUUCAGGACGAAUGUUAUUCACGAUUCUGACUACGCCCAUCGAAGACUGUUCACGUGCGAGUUUAUUCAACGCAAUGGUUGCUUGUCGGACAAUAUGAAAUGUGCGUCGAAUAUAGUUUACAAAACUUUCGUGAAUGAAAAUGCAUUUAUGUAGCUUAUUAACGUGUUCAUUUGAGUGUCAAGAGGGAGGCAAUAUGAUACAGGUGGAAGAACCUGUCAUCUGUUACAUGAAGACGAUUGUGACUGAGUGACUGAUGUAAUUGGAAUGGUGUUAUUGGGUUUCCCCUCCGCCCCCCAGGACAUCACUCAGUGAAUGUACCCAGCAGCACGGGCAUUACGGGUCAUGCCCCAUGUGUGGGUGGAAGCUCAGGCGACUUGGCAUCAAUUGAAAAUCUACUUAAUGGCAGGGCCUUCAUAAGAGACCGUCUCUACAAUAAUACAGUAAAGCUGCAGCCCUUGCAAAUGCUGACACCACUGGUGGCAGUGCUGACCCUGGUAAACCCAUUGAAACUGUUGAGGGGGGGGGGUGGGGGGCAGACUGAUGCGGGGGGUGGAGGGGAGAUUUAAGAAACUUGCCUAUUUCAAGCCCAGUCUACUAUAACCACCAGACCAGGGCAGCAGCCUCCAGACCUCGACAGCAGCGUGUCCCCCCCCCCCACCGUGUAGAUGCUUUGGGAAACGAGACUGCUUAAACCGCGGUGUGCCGUUCACUAAUGGCAACCGAUAAAGACUCGAGGGAGCAGGGGAUAAGAACGGCAGUGGGUUCUGUUGCCGGGGGUUCAACGGAACGCGUGACCUAAAGAUUCUGAAGGGCAUGAUUUUCAAAUGUGAUCAUCUGUGAUUUUAAGAAUACUAUUUAUAUUGUUUCAAACUUGACCAGUUGAAUAAUAUUAAGGAUCACAUUCAUGUACUGUAUACGAAAAAGUCACGCUUUGUUCAUCUUGCAUAGACUGUUACUGCAUGGAAACUGAAGAGAUGCUGGUGUGUAGGACAGCGUCAAUGAAUGGUUGUGCAAAAAAAAAAACUGGAUUAACGCACAUUUCUGUUUUAACGUAUCAUCUACAGAACAUUUAUGAUGAAAUAAUUUUUGUUUAUUUUUAUAGCAUUGUUAUUUACUCACAAUAAAGCCUUUAUACGAAACAUUCUA